GGCUACGACCGGUCAUCAAAUGCACACUCAACUCAAUUGGUGAGAAAUCUGUGGUUGGGGGCAGCUAUCUCCAGUUGGGGAAUGCCCUCAGGGUCCACGGGUACUUCCGGAUCAGUAGGUCCUAGUCAGUCUACAAGUCAAAUGGCGGGCUCGCAGUUCGGUCCGUUGACCCCACGCGGUAGAGAGCUAUUAGAGCUCCAACAAGUCGAAAGGAUCCGCGCUCGGUUAGAGAGGGAACUGAAGCAAGCUACCGAUAGGGAGAAAGAGAUCAAAAAUAGAACAGCCAGGCUUGAUAUGUUAGAGGCAGACAAAGAUGCAUUAGAGGGUUUGGAUGAGUCAACCGUGACUGACCAAAUGAAAGUGUUGAAGGCCAGCAUACUGUCAUUGCAUGCGCACGUGGACCGUAGGCUGGACUUCAUGCAGAACUCUUUGGACCAAUUCUUGGACCUUUUGCAAAGGCCAGGAUUACGACCAGCAGCACAGUCGCCGUUGCCGUUAACGGCGAUGUCAGGCCCCUUUCCGGUACAAGAUGGCACACAGCCAAGUGGUACGUCUGCAGCAGUCGCACAGACUGUUGCUUCUUCUUCCUCUGGUCCAGCGGCCGGAGCUACAUCACAGCCGCAACAAGCUGUUCCACCACAGGGACAUCAGCAAGGUCAAUGGUACCCAAAGACCCCAAUGAAACCGCCUCUUGCCUUCUCCGGUGAGAAGAAGGACGAGGAACUCAACACUUGGUUGAGAACAGGUCCAAUGUGGGUAAGGGCAAAGAGGACUUUGCAGGAGGAGGAGGUGAUUACUGCUGCAUCUUACCUUGAGGGUAAGGCAGCCAAAUGGCUAGAUGGAAUAGUAGCGAAGGCCGGGUUCGGACGACGCAUGGCAGAUUGGGGUAAGACCCUGACUUUAGAAGAGUUCUUAGAUAUGGUAGAAGCUCGCUGGCAUAAUCCGCAGCAGGCACAAAUUGCCACUGACGCGAUGUUUACAACCUUAGAAGAUUUGGAAAGUGAGUGGUCAAGCAAGGACCCUCGCGAAUCUUGGGUGGCACUAAGUAGAGGUCCUAGAGGGGAACAUUUCGUCGUGGAAGUUGCUGUAGGGGGCCGCAAAUGUGGUGCCUUCGUAGACAUCGGCUCCACGCGAAAUUACAUAAGUCGCGACUGUUUGGAAAGGCUGCACCUAAAGGACGGGGUACAUCACCUUAGUAGACCGGUAGCAUCGACUUUGGUCAAUAAGGAGCACAUGGUUGUCACAGACUAUAUCAAGGAUGUAGUAUGCACCUUCUCCUAUGGAGGAGGGGAACUUAAUCACAAGAUUUCGUUCAUGGUUAGCAACGACUUACCAUUUGAUAUGCUGUUAGGAAUGUACUACCUUGAGGUUGCCAAGCCCCAGUUUGACUGGGACAAGAAGGUGCUAAAGCAUAAGUUGCAGGAUGGAAGGACCGUGAGACUGACCAAGUAUAAGGCUAGUAGCUUAAUAGAAUCCUAUGGCUGCUUGUGCGCAUCAGCGCUCUACAAUUAUUAUAAACAAAACCAAGAGGAGGGUAUGUACCUAGUGUAUGUCUCUGAGAAAGGGGAGGCCGUUAGAACACCCCCAGAGAUACAACAUGUCGUUGCUAAGUUCCCUGAUCUGUUUAAAGAGCCCGCAGGAGUCGUAGAGAGGGAGAUUGUCCAUGCCAUAGAAAUCAUUCCAGGGAGUAAAACCCCAAAGGGAAGGAUCUAUAGGAUGGCUCCGACCGAGUUGGACGAAUCGGCGACAACUGAAAGAGCUGAUAGAAAAGGGAUGGAUACGGCCGAGUACUUCCCCCUUCGGAUCUCCAGUGCUGACGCCAUGAAUAGGAUCUUCCAUGACUACUUAGAUAAGUUUGUCGUCGUGUACCUUGACGAUAUUCUUAUCUUUAUGUCCGCUGAAGGAAUUAGGCCGGAAGAUGCGAAGGUGGCUAGUAUCAGGGACUGGCCACGACCUCAGACUGUUACUGAGGUCAGAUCUUUCCUAGGGAUGUGCGGCUACUAUAGGAACUUUGUGAAGAACUAUUCCACAGUCGCCUCUCCUUUGACUGAUCUAACUCGACUUGACAUAUCGUGGGACUGGAGUGAUGAGUGCGAGGCUGCUUUCAAACGAUUGAAGCAUGCACUCAUGAAUCAUGAGGUUCGCACGGUGCCCGAUCCUCAGAAGCCUUUCAUUGUGACCACUGACGCAAGCCAAUAUGGCAUUGGCGCAAUGCUGGCUCAGCAGGAUGGGAAGAAGUUGAGACCGAUUGAGUACAUGAGCAAGAAAAUGCCAUCAAAGAAACUGGCAAAGUCCACCUACGAAAGGGAACUCUAUGCUCUUUACAAGACACUUGUCCAUUGGAGGCACUUUCUGUUGGGACAGUUCUUCUAUUUGAGAACAGAGCAUCAGACCCUUAAAUGGAUCAAGACUCAACCGGCUCUUUCUGAUGCACUCAAGCCCUGGAUUGAGGUUAUAGAUCAGUAUGACUUCAAGCUAGAGUAUCUGAAUGGAGAGUAUCAAGGUUGCAGAUGCGCUCGGGACAAGCCGCGAACUCAAGCACCGCUUGGGUUGCUGAAGCCCUUACCUACCCCCGCGGGUCCGGGACAGAGUGUUUCCAUGGAUUUCAUGGACACCCUCGUGACCAGUAGGAGUGGCAAGAGGCACAUCUUUGUCAUCAUAGACCGAUUCACCAAGUACGCUAGACUAACAGCCAUGCCAGAGAUCGCAAGGACUGAACACGUCAUCAAGUUGUUUAUGGACAACUGGGUGCGUGAUUUUGGACUGCCAAAGUCAAUCGUUAGUGACAAAGAUGUCCGCUUCACAAGUGACCUGUGGAAGAAGACUGCUGAGCAAUUGGGCAGUCAACUUCGGAUGACUUCCGGGAAUCAUCCCGAAGCCAACGGGCAGGCCGAGCAGAUGAACAGAGUUGUACAACACCUGUUGAGGCAUUACAUCCAGCCCAGCCAGGAUGACUGGGAUGAGAAAUUGCCUCUCAUCGCCAGCCUGUACAACAACGCUGUACACAACAGUACCGACGUCAGUCCUAACCAGCUGCACUUGGGAUGGAAGCCUAGAUCAGCUCUGGACUUCCUCCUACCUGAAAACCGAUUGUCUGCAACUUCGGGCACACUUGAAUAUGGUGUGCAGUAUGAGAACUUGCCACAACAAGUUGUCGAGCACAUCAGGAAAUCUCAGCAAGCAAUGAUUGCUUCUGAGAACAAACAUCGUCGACAAUCCUCAUUUCAGUUAGGGGAACGUGUCUGGGUCAAGGCUAGUGAGCUAGGACAAAAAUUCGAAAUAUCUCAAAAACUAAUGCCUCAGUAUUUUGGUCCCUGGGAAGUCUUGGACAUAGUUGGGGAUGAGAUGGAUGGUCCUACCUAUGUUAUCCGUAUCGCUGGACACCUACGCACUCACCCUGUCUUUCAUGCCUCAAAGCUUGCACCUUUCGCUGAGACAGAUCAAUUCCCUUCAAGGAGAUCGAUGCUGCCCCCAACCAUGGAUGGCSAAGUGGACAUCGACGACAUUGUGGAUCACAGAGACAUGCCUGUUCCAAAGCCACUGGGUCGAGGAAGACCUCCCAAACCCAAGAGAGAAUAUUGCGUCAGAUUCAGGCAUCAUACGGAUCCAAAAGAAGAUCGGUGGUUCACCAGAGAGGAACUGAUUGACACAGCUCCUCAAGUGGUGGCAGAAUAUAAGAGGAUGUUAAAAGGGAAGGCACCUGCGAAGUAAGCAUCUCAGCGGACUUUCGAAGCUAAGGGGGAUGGAAUGUGAGGAUUGAGCCCUCAAAGGGCCUUGCCGUGAUGUACAUGUUCUGGGCUAACGCCCCCAGCAAGCCUCGUGCCCGCCCUAAGUGAAGGCGGGCCAGCAAAUCAACGAGAGCCCCUUUG